AUGACCGAGCCGCAGGUUCCACAAGGCUCUCAGCUUUAUGAGAGCGCAAUAACCGACCCCACGUCUGCAAAACCGUCCCCUUCUUUAUUGGCCUGUCUGCUUUGUCGCCAUAAGCAUCUCAAAUGUGAUGGCAAAACUCCCGUUUGUGGUCGGUGUUCCCUAACGGGCGCCGAUUGCCAAUAUGCAAAAUCUCGUCGAGGUUAUCAAGGCCAUUCUAAAAAACGACGUGCGCAAGAGCCUUCCCCAGAUAACCUGCUCGUGGAGACCCCGGAUAUGGCCAAUACUGUGGGUUGGAGUGCUCCAAACAGCUUUCAGUAUAUAUCUGCCGUGCCUGUAUCUUCCUCGGGAUCUACGAGCCCUAGUGUAAACGACACGUCUAUCAUAAUGGCUCCGCCUGUCACUAGGCCCGCGACCGGGCCACUGACCCCAGAUUCGUCCUCGUCGAUCGCAGGUGACGGCUAUCUGCUCGAUAUCUACUAUACCUACUUUAAUCCGGCACAUCCCAUCCUCCCCCCAUUACGAUUCUUAUUUCGUUCUCCCUUCCCGCUUUAUCUGGAGCAGGUGAUGAAAUUCAUCGCUUCUCACUUCACCCCGGCAGCUUCAAGUGAGACUUAUCGUCCCACCGUGGUCUCCGUGGUUUGGGAGCAAGCACCCUCAGUAGAAAAGGUCCAAGCGCUUCUCCUGCUUGCCAUUGUUCUGCACUCUCGGAAUGAAAGAGGCGAAGCGGGCGAAUGUCUCGCUGCCGCCGUCAAUGUGGCAUUCGAGCUUGGGAUGAACCUAGCAACAUACCCCGAGGUCGCGAGUAAUGGGGACCCAAUUCGUGCAGAAUGCCUUCGCCGAACUUGGUGGGAACUGUUCAUAAUUGAGGGUAUGCUUACAGCUCUAGGGGUGCAGCAAGUCUAUCGCACCAACCUGGUUCCUCUUGAAGUACCGCUGCCUUGCGAAGAACGCAUUUACCAGGAUGGCCUCACCCCGCCACCGCCGCCUACCAUUGCUCAGUUUGACGAGCGUGUUUUUGCUGAUGAAGAGCGGGACUUUUCAUCCUAUUCAUAUCGUAUCGAAGCAGUGCGAAUCCUUGGCCGGGUGGUUGCCACGCAGGAUAUAGUGGAGGGGCAGCAAGAUCAUGUCGAAGCUAUUGAUGCGCGUAUUGCCAGCUGGUUUCAUCAUCUACCGGAAUCUAAGUCGGAACUCAUGCGACCAGAUGGUUCCGUCGACGAAAUAAUGUUCCAGGCAACAAUGAUAAUUAACGGUGCCUCCAUCUAUCUUAACUUUCCACGGUCCGAUCUCUUGUCCUCCCCUGCCGUUGCUGCAGAGGUGAUAUGCGGCCAAGCGGGCCCGAUUAGCAUUCCUGCGUUCUCCCAUCAUGUUCAUGCUAUGAAGGCCGUCAAAGCGGCCAGUAAGCUUUCAACCCUGGCAGCCCUCCGUUUGCCAGUUGAACGCCAUACUCCAUUUUUCAUAUGCGCUCUUACACUCAGCUCCAUUGUUCAGCUGGCCGCGUGCUCCGUCAAAGCUGGUCAGAUGCCCGAUCCCAGUCGCGAUCGUAUUGGCCUCACCAUCGGUGUGUUCAAAACCUUGGCGCGGACCUGGGCUAUUUCACAGUCAAUCAUGCGCCAAAUAAAAGCCGUGGCCCGUGAUGUUUUGGAGCUAGGUGUACGACCAACAAUGGAUCAAAUUGACAUAACCUCGAUCCUCGACAAUGGGCUGUUUUGGCCGCGGGACGGCCCCAGUUGA